AUGGGAGUGUCCCAACCCUUACACCGUAGUCCCAUCUACUCGUCCUAUUGUGCUGCUUGGGCCAUGUUACCAAUCCUCAAGGCUUACACAACUUAUGCAUGCAGCGGUAAGGUGAGCAAUAUCAACUGGGUAGAGUCGGCAAUAGUGAAGAAGUUCGGAAGUCGUGUGCGUCGGUUGACGACCGAUAUUGGUGACAAAGGCUCGUCCAAACUGACAUAUGAUAUAAACGAGAGAGAACUUCGACUUAUUACUGCUAUGACGGAAGAUUUGCAUCUAAUCUUGCUUGAGUGCCCCAACAUCAGCUCACCGGCCGACGUCGCCCAGCUAAAUAUGGCGCCUAUAAUGUUUCUAUUCAGAAUCAGCAACAGAAAGGUAAACAUAUGCACACACAGCGAGUAGGU